AUGCGGCGCCAUCCUCGGAGUGUAAUAGGGAGCUGGCCCUUUUCGACUCUUCAGCGACCGUUCACCCCAUCCUGCACGCCAUGGACCAUUGCCAACACGCGAUUCCAAAGCUCAAGCUCCGGCUCCGAUAAACCAUUUCCUUCCUCCGACGAAUCAAACGAACAUCCCCGUCGUCGCCGCCGUUCAAGGAGAGCACCUAAAUCUCAGAGGCUGCCUCUCAAUGUUGAAUCCCUCGGGAAGCCCGGAGAGAUCGUGGUGGUGCCGACAAAGACCCCUCGAAACUUGAAGCAAAGAUUGCGGGAAAUGCAAAAUACAAUCACGGAGGAUGCGCAGACGGUCACUCUGGGUUCGAUGUUGGAAGAUUUGGAGGAAGAAUUCUCCCCGUUGACUGCAAGCGCAAUUCAUGAACGAAUUGAGAGUCAUAGGACUUCCGAAGGACUGGGUCGAAAAUUGAACGAACGCGAAUGGGAGGCGGCACGAAACAGCCUAGCUUCGUCAUUCACCUACAACCAACUAUCGGAAUACAUUCAACAAUAUGACGAGUACGAGUCCCAGCCAGAAGGGACUAGGGCGAGAUGGAGACCGGGUACAUCUGCCUUUUUGCAUGCGGACCCGGAUCUACACACGGGGGUAACCAAACGGGUGGCCACAUCGCAAGACUUGAAGGGCAAGGCUUUGCUGGCAGAGCAGAUCCUUCGCGAUUGCUGGCAGAUGUCCAUCCCCGACGAGAUCGGCCAGUUGGAUCUCCGCCUUUCGCCUGCUUUCCUCUCAUUACUUCUCAAAGCAAAGCACUUUUCAUUCGACGAAGUGGCUACUAUGCACCAUUCCAGCAUUGACAUCACCAGCUCCCUCGGCUUGGUGAGAAUCACCGGGCGCCAGACUGCCUGCGAGUCCAUGUGCGAAAUCGUCCUUGAUGCUGUCGCUAGAAUCCGAGAGGACGCGACUGGCAUUGAGAUCGCCGCAUCUCAUCCGGGACUGAAUCAGAUAUACUCGCCACGCUUGUUGGAAUGGAUCAGCGAGAGAUAUGGCGUUGCUCUGGAAAGUGGUGACUCGCAAGUUCCCGAGAAGAUUCUGUAUCUUGCGGAAAACAAAGAAGGCGCAGACAAUGCACGAAGGAUACUUAACUUUGCACUUCACGAAGUCACUCCUUCAUCAGUACCCUUCUCCACCUAUUUCCCUGCUUCGGAGCCCGCAAAUGUAUACAGCUACAACCCAGGGGACGCUGUUUCAUGGCUGGAUCGACGAAAGCAAUGGUUCAGAUGGGCCAUGCCCUCCACGCAGUCCGCAGGGACUGAAAGCCACUCCACUCCUUUCUUCAAUAGUCACCAAACUCGACUCUCGGACCACUUGUUGAGUCUUCUUCGCCAGACCCCGGUCCCAACUGCGAGUCUUGGAGGUGGUUUAACUGUGCAUGAGUCCGUGACUGCUGCAGUAGGCCACUGCCUCUUUACCCGCAAGGCCUCGGUCGAAAAUACAACCGUCAGCGCUUCACAGCUUGGAAAGCCAUCUCUUCCCAGGACUUUCUCCACUGAUAUCCCUCGAAUCAUCAAUUUCCUGGCCUCCCUUCGACCCAUCACCCCAGUGGUUGGAACCCAAUUCCACAACAUUCGAUUAAUCCCGUCUUCCACAUAUGCCGGUGUCGCCCCGACUCUCGAAAUGAAAAUUGCUUUCAAAUUAGGAACGCACCUGGGAAGCCCUGAAGAGUCAUUCGACAUCCAAAGCGUCAAGUUUAUCCAGAGUUCAAACGCCGUUGACUAUCUCUUGCCAGAGAACGGCCUCGAUCUACGAUUUACCCGUACGGUCUACCACGAGCUCUCGGGCGAUGCACUUGCAGAAUACGUGGAAUACCAAGAUCUCCUCAAGAGCAUCAAAUCAUCUCUACGUAGUAUUUUUGCUGCCACGGUGGAUUCGCGCACGUCAACAUCCUUGCCGUCGUUCUGUCAGGUUGCACUUCCCCGCAAUCUCGUCCAGUCUGAACCCUCCUCAUUCGAUGGCCCCCCACUCACAGCAGAGUACAUCUUACCACCCAUCCAAAAUAUCCGCGGCGCGGCUAUCUCACUCUACGACUUCGCCGAUCGACAACUUAGUUACAGUUACUACGAGACUGGGCCUUUCCUGCCUGCUCGUGCCAACGACGUAUCCCUGGAUAUGAAAAUUCCAACCACUCCGUUGGAUAUGGAUGGCUCGCUGGAGACGGAAUUCCAUUCCUUCUAUAACGCGGCGUGCCGGAUGGCCUUUGACAUUCACGAUACGAAGUUGAUGAGUGUCCAGGAUGGUGUUGUCGAGCCGGAGAUGAUGUAUUAA